AACGGGGUUUUAUAUUAAGAGUCUACCGGUGUUUUCAAACAACUUGACCAUAUGGAGAAUUUCUUUGGAAUACUUGCCGACUUCUCUUCAUGUCUUUUGUAAAAGUGAUUCUUUUUUGAGAACUAAAAUGUUGAAAUUGAGAGACUUGGUGACUUUUUAUUUAAGCCUUUGCUAGUGAUGUUCAGUGAGGAAUUGUAGGUUGGAAGUUGUGUAACUUGGAAGAAUAGGAUUGACAUUUGACGGUUUUUUUUGUUAAGUCAAGUGUUGAAAUUGAGUCUUCAAGCCUCUGCAAGUGACCAAUGUUGAUGAAGUAUAGUUUGUAUGAAGCUGUACGGUCAGGGGAUAUUGAUCUUGUUAAAAAUCUGGUUGCUGAUUCUGGUGAUGAUCAUGAUAGUUAUCUUCUACUUUUACAAAUGAAGACCCAUGUAGAGAGUAACUUGCUUCAUGUUGCAGUGCAAUUUAACAAAGAAGUGUGUGUGGAAGAGAUUUGCAGAAGAUGUCCAUCGUUGUUAUUGCAACAAAACUUAGAGGGGGAUACUCCUCUUCAUAUUGCUGCAAGGUUGGGGUUAUCUGAUGUGCUCAGAGUUCUGUUUAAUUGCGCUCGUCAAAUGAAUGAAGAAGACGAUGUUGAAAAAGGAGUAGGACUGGAAUUAUUAGGAGAAGACACUACACAUUUUAUUAGUAGUGUUGCUGAAGUAAAUGAAGGGUAUUCGUCAUCUAUAUCAAUGACAAAAUUGCAGCAACUAGUGAGGUUGACAAAUAGUAAGAAAGACACGGCGCUUCACGAGGCACUGCGAAACUCAUCCUAUGGUGAAGUGGUGAAGAUGUUAGCAGAAGCAGACCCAAGCUUUGAAUAUUGCGCUAAUGAUGCUGGUGAAACCCCACUUCACUUGGCUGUCCAAUAUGGAGAGUAUUUUCAAGUCAAUUUUAUCUUGAACAACUUGCCGACCCCAACUUGUAGUUCCCCUGGAGGAAGGACUGUAUUGCACAACGCAAUACUUUACCACGUUGAUUCAGGUUUAAUGGACAUGGUAAACGUGUUAUUGAAAAAUAAGCGACAUCUAGUAAGAGAAGUUGACAGGGAUGGGCGUAGUGCACUUCACUAUGCUGCAUAUGAUUCAAAUGCAGAACUAGCUAUAAAGCUGCUAGAUGUGGAUCCUUCAGCUGGAUAUAUAAAGGACAAAGAUGGCAUGACUGUUCUUCAUCAUGCUGCAGGAGGGAAUGAUAAUGCUACUUUAUACCGCAGAAGUGAUAAAUUUAUUGAGAAUGUAAUUCAACGAUGUCCUGAUUGUUGGGAACUGCUAGAUAGUGAAGGCGGUAAUUUUCUUCAUGUUGCUGCUAAGAAUAGGCGAUUCAGCGCUAUCAAGUAUGUUUUCGAUCUGAAAUCAAAUUACAUGGCAAAUAAUCUUAUAAGUGGCAGGGAUAAGCAUGGAAACACACCAUGGGAUCUGUUUGUCAAAUCCAGAGGAGGUGUCAGUCUUGGGCGCAAGGAUGCGUGUUAUAAUAUUUUCGUACAGGACCCUAGAGUGAUCAAGGUUGUCGGUUACAAAUAUAGAUUCAUGGUUGAUCGGGUUGCAACUCAUGACUGUAGUCAGUCCCAAAAUACUUCGAUAGAAAACAACAAGAAACAAAGCAACGAUGAUAAACUACAAAGGAAAAAAGAAAGAACAAGAGAAAAGUUAGAGAAUAUGAGCCAAAACCAUAUGGUGGUGGUUACACUCAUUGCAACUGUUGCAUUUGCAGCUGGUUUUACGUUACCAGGAGGCUACAGAAAUGAUGGACCAGAAGAGGGUAUGGCAACGUUAGCUAAGAAAUCUGCUUUUAUUGCAUUCAUGGUAUCAAACAGUUUGGCGAUGCUACUUUCCCUAUAUGCCCUCUUCAUUCAUUUUUGGACUAGGUUCCAAACCGCCAUGGUAAACAAGUAUGAAUUAAUAUCAGUAGCUGUGCCAACACUUGCUUGUACAUUCUUUGCGAUUUUAGCAAUGGCAGUUGCAUUUGUGACAGGCACAUACACAGUUAUUAGUUGUGUACCUGGGCUUGCCAUACCCCUGUGUAUACUGAGCUCCAGUUUCUUCAUUUUCGCAUUUAAUUUCCUCUACAGGUCAUACAAAUGGUUGGAUGAGGAGGAUCGGAUUCCAUUCCUUAAAUUUGCUAUUACUAAGGUUACAUGUGCAUUUUUCUUGAAAAGUUAGAAAAAUCAAUUUU